CAUUCAUUUGUCAACGAACACCAACAAUUGUUCAACCCAUUUCCACCAUCAAUCUUCUGUUAGAUGUCUGAGGUUGCUGGGCCCUCAGGUCUUCUCCUUUCCCCUCAUGAAAUCUCUAAUAUUGCUCAUCAAGUAAUCAAGCCCCUGCCAUGUGAGUGGGAAGGGUGCUCAGCUGUACUCAACAGCUGUUAUAAUUUGACCAAGCAUACAUUAAGACACUGUGAUUGCAUAGCCAACAUAGAAGGACAGUACCAAUGCCAAUAUUUGAGAUGUGCAGGUCGUCUGCAUGCCACAAAAGAUGCACUCAAAGCACAUGUGAAUCUAAGUCACCUGUCUCGCCUCAUGAUCAGUUGUCCAAUCCAAGAUUGUGAACAAGGAUUUUCACGAGCAUCUCAGCUUGAGUCCCACUUCGAGAUUGAUCACAAGGAUCUCAUCAAUAGGCGUGUGACUCGGGCAUUCGAAAGGCUUGUUCCGACUGCGCUACCAACACCACGGGUCGUGACUCAUCCCCCACCAUUACCGUCACAUCACGAACUGUAUCACUGGUAUUUCACCGCUCCUGUCAUCUCACUGCCACGUCACAAACCGUGCGGACCACUUGUCGAACCAAUUUCCCGAAAAUGGAGAAGACUAGAUGCACCGGACGAGGAUGACAGAGAUGGAAAUCACAUUAUUCCACUCGACAAUCUCGUCUGCCCUGCAAGCUCGCUCCAGCAGUCGAAGGAACUUGUCCUUGACGUGCGAAUAAAGCCGUUGUCAUUGAAUGAGAAUCAACGACUCUCGUGCCCUCAAUCAAUGCCUCACCCUCCCCCGCGCGAUGACCUCGUUUCUACGACUAUAGGCAUGUCUAUCUUCGAGCAGAAGUUCGGGGAGCUUGCAAAAGAUGGAGUGGUUGAUGGAUCGGAUAGGCUACAUGCUUGAAUCUUGAUGAAAAGUAUAGUUUUGGGAGGUUUUGGGUCUUGCGAAGUCCGAAUGUAGCGAUCGGCGAGAGAUGUCGGAGAGCUUCGGAUGAUGGUUGGUCGGUCGUCGUCGCUGUCGUGUACUGCCAGGCAUCGGUACAUUAUAUACUGCAAAUAAUCGAUAAUCAACAGUGCAAUACUGCCCUCGCUGCGGACAGUUCAACUUAUCACACACACAAGAAGUUCGUUUCGCA